GUUAUUCCCGUCGCCCUACCUCGUUGAUGGGUGGAGCACAGCAAGAAACUGGCUCUUACACUCGGUUAGGGGGAAAACAAACAGACAUCCUCCUUUCUGUUUCAUUGUGAGUUAGAUUUCAAAGUGUAUCUUGUUUCGGGAAACAGUGACAAGGAAAGAGUUGCUGCCCAAUCUGUUGAGAGUCUUUGCUGUAUGGCUGUAAAUGGUCCAGUUCUGGCACUGAAAAAUCUUUGGAUGCCCUGAUCGGUGACGUCUUUCGGAGGAGAGACAAGGGAGUGUGACCCUAUUGAUUCUCCCUCAGCUCUCAGUGGCUUUUGACAUCACUGAGCAUGGUGUUCUGGAGUGGCUGAAGGAGGUCUGGUAAAUCUUCCUGAAGAGCAGCCAUGGGUGGUAAGAGCUCCAAACCAGACACAGCAGAUCAAAUUCCUCACUCAUCAGGCAAAUACACCUUUGACAUUGCCAUCACAGGGGUGUCAGGUGCUGGUAAAUCAUCCCUUGUCAAUGCCCUACGGGAUAUGUUGACAGACGAUGAGGCGGGUGCAGCUGUGGUUGAUGUGAUACAAGGUACAAUGGAGCCAGUAGGAUACCUGUACCCCAAAUAUCCAGAUGUAACCAUCUGGGAUCUGCCAGGAAUUGGAACACCUGAGUUUGAGGCAGACGGAUACCUGAGGGAUAUGGAUUUUGACAAGUAUGAUUUCUUCAUCAUUGUUGGCGAAAGAAGCUUCACCGAGUACGACAUCAUGCUGGCCUGUGAAAUUCAGAGAAUGAACAAGAGGUUCUUCUAUGUGCGCACCAAAGUGGAUGUCAGUAUAGAUGCUGACAGGAUGAACCCAAACUUCAGUGAGGACCAAACCCUACAGCAAAUAAGGAGUUAUUGCUGUGAAAAUUUGAAAAAUGCAGGUGAUUCAUCUCCAAGGGUUUUUCUAAUAUCCAGGUGGGAUUUGAACAUGUAUGAUUUUCCUCUGCUGCAAAGGACCCUGCAAAAUGAACUCGAGGAUCUCAAGAGGCGUACCUUAAUUCAAUUCCAAGACCUAGAAAUGAAGAUACGCAACAGACCAAAUGAAGCAUUGAGAAGAUUUUUCCUGGGAGGCGCCAUCUCAAAAGCAAAAUUACAAUCUGACCUUGAAAGGUUGAUAGCUGCUUUGGAAGGAAAAGAUCUCCCAGACAUUGUAGCCCAAUGUUGUCGAGACUUUGAGUUAUUGGAGAGCACCACACUUGAUAUUGCUGUCACUGGGCAGUCGGGUGCUGGUAAAUCAUCCCUUGUCAAUGCCCUGAGAGGCAUGUCUGAUUAUGAAGAGGGCUCAGCUGAGACUGGGGUGACACAAACAACAAUGAAGCCAAAGAGUUAUCACCAUCCCAUAUUCCCCAAAGUAAAAUUAUGGGAUCUUCCAGGUAUUGGAACACGUGAGUUUGCGGCCAGGGAAUAUUUAGAGACUGUAAACUUUAGGAAGUAUGAUUUCUUCAUCAUUGUUUCUGGAGAACGCUUCACUGAGCACGACAUCAUACUGGCCCAUGAAAUUCAGAGAAUGGGGAAGAGGUUUUACUAUGUGCGCACCAAAGUGGAUGUUAGUAUCAAUUCUGAGAGAAGGAAAAAGAAUUUCAAUGAGGAAGAAACCAUUGGAACGAUAAAGAGAUACUGCUGUAAAUAUCUGAGAAUGGCAGGAGACUCUUCUCCAAGGGUUUUUCUAAUAUCGAGGCGGGAUUUGAACAAGUAUGAUUUCCCCCUGUUGCAUAAGACUUUGGAGAACGAUUUGGAUGAUCUCAAGAGACAUACUUUGAUCCUGGCUACACCAAUUUUCUCUGGAGAAAUUGUGAAAAAGAAAAGGGCUGCACUUGAGGCCCUUAUAUGGAAGCUAGCAACUAUGUCCUGUUUUGGUGGGGUUGUUCCUGUCCACGGCCUCUCUUUUGCUUGUGAUAUUGAUAUCUUGGUGAGAGCACUGAUAUCUUUCUGCAAAGUCUUUGGCUUGGAUGAAGAUUCCCUGUGUAUACUUGCAAAGCAGGUUGGCAAACCUGUCCAGGAGUUGAAAUCUGCGAUCAAAAACACUCCGAUGACCAGUGAGAUUGAUACAGAAAUGGUAAUUGACUUCCUGUCAAAGUCAUCUGUUUGUUCAUCAUUGAUGCUGUUAGAACAGAUCUAUGAUUUUAUACCCUUGUUGGGAUCUAUAUUUGGUGUGACUAGUUCUUUCCUCACCACAUUCUACAUGUUGAGGACCUUCCUGCACAAUGUUGAAGUAGAUGCAGCAAAUGUACGGACAAAAGCUACCCAACGAUAAGAGACCCAACUGAAGAUCCAAGACAUCUAUUAGGAAACAAAACAAAUUAAUCUUGGGUGAAUCUGUCACUUUCACUUCCUCUCAUGGUUGUAUCCAAUGCUAGUCCUACUCGGAGUAGAAUUUUUGAAAUUAAUGGACAUGACUUAGGUCCAUGAAUCUCAGUGGGUCUACUCUGAGUAGAACUUAGUUGGAUACAAUCCUCAGUUUCCUUUUUUUCCAAUUGUAAUUUCAGUUCUCCAAAUUUUUCCAUCAGUUUGCUUAAAAAAUGUCCUUGGGAAUUCUACCAUAUUUUAGCAUACUAAAUGUACACAUUUAUGCUGGCAAUUUUACCUCAUCUAAUUAUAAUGCAUUUUUGCAUGUUGUUUUCACCAGUAUAUGUAUUUUAAGCACACUUUCCAUUUUGUUUAGUUGGAAAACUGUGACACAAAAUUUUGAAGAUGCGCAGUGUUUUUUUUGUCAAGUCAGUAUUGAUUUUCCAAUAAAAACAAGUACAAUCAUAAAGACAAGGGGGGCGGGAUAUAAGGCAAACAGGGAAAUAACUACAACAAAUAAAGAAUACAGUGGACCAG